ACCCAUGUUUUGUGUGGGUAGACGGACUCCGGAGGGGGUAGUGCUAUUCGACCCAUGUUUUGUGUGGGUAGACGGACUCCGGAAGGGGGGGUAGUGCUAUUCGACCCAUGUUGUGUGUGGGUAGACGGACUCCGGAAGGGUAGUAGUGCUAUUCGACCCAUGUUUUGUUACAGGUGAUUAGCUGAGAUAUUCAGAUUGGAAUUCCAUCAUGGCUUAGAUAUUUAAAAAGAGAAGAAUAAGGAAAUUACCCAGAAAGAAAAUACAUUGUAUAGUUGAAGAUAAACAUUUGAACUUAGUUGAAAAGGACAAAGUGAUUAAUAAAUUACAUUAAAACUAAAAGACACAUAUAAACCAAACACAAACUCAAGAGUAUUUUGAAAAUGUGCAUAGAACACCCAUGACAGUAACAUAAAACAAGGACGAAUAUCACAUAAAACAAGCAAGCUUAAUAAAAUCUUGCAUUACAUGCUGUAGGCAAUUAGCUGUAGCUUGCAAUAUUCAUUUAUGUGUUUUACAGGGUAUACUGAAAAUGUUCACAAAUCUGGGGACAAAGUUUUGCUAACACAUUGUGUUGACCACAGAAAACAUCUUACGUAUGGAUCUGUUUCCAUGGUACCAGGUAAUCCAGAUUCUAUUACUCAUGCUUUCGCAGCUGAAGAAAAGAAAGCCAAAGAACUGAUGGAGAAGUAUGUAGCGGAUUGUAAAAAGCUUGGACUACAUGAUGUAGAUUUAGUGAAAGUAAUCGGUGAACCAGGAGAUGGGAUCAUAAAGGCUGCUGAAGAAAAGAAAGCGGACAUGAUUAUCACAGGCUGUCGGGGUUUAGGACAGAUCAGAAGAACAAUGGUCGGCAGUGUCAGCGACUAUAUAUUACACCAUUCGCAUGUACCUGUCUUUGUUUGUAGACAUUAACACUGCUAAAAUAUACAUUUCUAUCUCAAAAUAAAGGAAGAUUGAUAUUAGGUCAAAACUAUUAUGAAAAUAUAUAUCAUAAAUGU